AUGGUAGGAUAUCCUGGACAGCGCCCAUACGGCGGUGGUCCGCCCGCGCCUCGUCCUGGUCCCGGUCCCGGUCCCGGCCCUGCACCGCGGGGCCCUCCUCCCCAGCAGUACGACAACUACCAGCAAGAUGGGUACGGCUACGAUUACUAUGACGACGGAGGCUACGGCCCAGAAUACGGCGGUCAGUACCAGCAGGAUCCCAACUACGGCAGAGGCCCGCCGCCCCCGCUGAACCAAGGCUACCCGCCCCAGGACUACUACGGUAGCGGUCCUGGUCCCAAUGGCCCGCCGAGAGGAGGACGGCCGCCUCAAAUGGGAAGAGGCGGCGGUCCUAUACCACGCCCACCAACGGCUGAUGGAGCUCGCGGCACGCCCCCGUCCCGCGGCGGGUCUGGAGGCCGAGGAGGCUUUCCCAUGGGUCGAGGAGGUCGCCCUGCUCAGUACGAACGAUCUGCAAACUCUGAUCCUGCACCCAACCGCCCUCGACCACAAGACCCCGGACCAUUGAGCCCGGCUGGUCCCCAAGGUUUCGGCGGCGCCUUCCCGGCCUUUCCAGGGCACGGUCGCAAGACGGAUCUUGAUGAAGAAAAUGCGAUAUUGAACAAGAUGGCCGGAAUGGAUAUCUCCGGGGGAGCCCCUCGGCCUCCUGGUCCCCCUGACGGCAGGGCGCCGCCACCGCGAGGUAACCCAGAACCUCGUCGCGGCCCGGACCCAGGAUACGGACCCGACUUCCGAGGCGACGGCUAUGGCCCACCAGGACCCCCGAGAGACGACUUCGGCCCCCCUCAAAGGAGCAUGACGAUGCCUAUGAACGACGGGUCUCAGCGACGCCCGCCUCCGCCACGCAUGGACCCCUAUGGUGGUCCCGGGGGACCGCCACCGCGCAAUGGAAUCCCCCCUCGACCGUCAACUGCCCAAGGCAACCGCCCGCCACCGCAGCGUAUGCAUCCGAACCAGAUGCCGCCGCUGCCGCAGCAGCAGCAGCCCCAACCCCAACAGAUGGCUCCUCAAUAUGGCGGAUAUGGUGGAGAAUAUGAAGGGGACCAAGACGGAUACCGAGAUGCCAGAGCAUCUUUCGGUGAUGUCUAUGAUGCCUACUACCAUUCUACACGCAUGAGCAACCAGAGCAAUGCCAGCUACGCCCAGCCUGACGUCCCCGACUUCAAUGCGCCGCCGCCCAAUGGCCCCCGCGGCUCCUUUGACCAGCACAUCAGACCGGGUAUCGUCGCCGAGCACACCCAGCCGGGCGCUAAACGCGUGCCGGAGAUGAGCCGAACCAAGUCGCAGCCGGAUCUGAGGCAAUCGCAGCAGGCCGUCUUUGAGAUGGCUAACGAUGCUCCGCCGAUGCCGCCGAUGGGCCACGGUUACCAAGAUGCUUACAACGUACCUAACGGAUGGGGCCAGCCGCAAAACCCGCAAAUGGGACGUCCGGGCUUCCCUCAGGGCCCUCCUCCAGCUCGCGGCCCCGAUAAUUUGCCAUCCCACCCAGCCCCCGUAAGACCCGGUCACAUGCCCAAUUCCAUGGUGAACAUGGGCGACAAGCCUGCGCCGAUCCGCAACUACAGCGGCGCCUCCAACGGACCGACGCCUCCAGCCGGUCCCGGCGGCGCACCUCCACCGCAGCAGCAGAUGGUGUCUCAGCAACCGAGCAAGUCCUCGAUGCAAGAGAUCACCACGCCGGUCACCCAAGACGAACUGGAGCGGUUGCGUCAGAUCGUCAAGACGAACCCCAACGACCAAGAGUCCGCCUUGAGGCUGGCAAAGAGACUUGUCGAGGCUGCCGAUGUUCUUGCCCCCGCGCUCGCGGAUCCCAAGAUGAGGACUCGCACCCGCGAGAGAUUCCUCGCCGACGCCAACAAAAUUCUCAAAAAGCUAUCGUCGAGCGCGCAGAACCCCGAAGCCAUGUUCUUCUACGCCGAUUGCCUUGGCCGGGGCUUGUUUGGACCCGAGCCCGACAACAAGGAGGCUUUCACGCUGUACCAGUCCGCUGCGAAGCUUGGCCACGCCGCCGCGGCCUACCGAACGGCAGUAUGCUGCGAGAUCGGCCACGAAGAGGGCGGCGGUACCAGGAAGGAUCCCCUGAAGGCCAUUCAGUGGUAUAAGAGAGCUGCUACUCUAGGGGACACGCCGGCCAUGUACAAGGUCGGCAUGAUCCUGUUGAAGGGACUCCUCGGUCAGCCGAAGAACCCCCGCGAGGCUGUUGGCUGGCUCAAGAGAGCUGCGGAACGGGCCGACGCCGAAAACCCCCACGCAUUGCAUGAGUUGGGUCUCCUUUAUGAAUCGGCUGCGCCCAACGACGCAAUAAUCAAGGACGAAGCGUACGCGUUUUCGCUCUUCAAGCAGGCGGCCGACCUCGGCUACAAGUUCUCACAGUACCGCCUGGGUUGCGCGUUCGAAUAUGGUCUGAUGGGCUGCCCCGUCGACCCCCGGCAGUCCAUCAUGUGGUACUCCCGCGCUGCACAGCAGGGCGAACAUCAAGCCGAGUUGGCGCUCAGUGGUUGGUAUCUUACAGGUAGCGACAAUGUCCUCCAGCAGAGCGACACAGAGGCGUAUCUAUGGGCCCGCAAGGCUGCCACGGCCGGCCUGGCAAAGGCCGAGUAUGCGAUGGGUUACUUUACUGAGGUGGGCAUUGGUGUGCCGGCUAACAUGGAGGACGCGAAGCGGUGGUACUGGAGAGCGGCUGCCCAAAACUUCCCCAAGGCCCGUGAGCGUCUCGAGGACCUGAAGCGCGCUGGCAAGAAUGGCCCCCGUCAGCGGGAGCGCAUCUCUCGCAGCAAGAUUGGCAAGCAGCAGGAGGGCGAGUGCUCCGUCAUGUAG